UUAAUCAAUGUUUAACCUAAUACAUUAAAACUGUAAAGGUGUUGAUACAUAACAAGGGGACUGGACUGUAGGUGUACAGUAAUCUACAGUUGUAUUAAGUCUUUGUUUUUACCCUCUCUUGCCUUAAAUACCAGUAACUUGAGAUUUGUGCUAAAAUGCUGGAUCACUAAGAUUUAUCCUGAACUAUAGUUGUACUGUAUUUGUGUGAACAGCACUUCACAGCUUUAGUAUUAUCACUGAACAAUGUGAGGUAGAUGUUAAAACACUUGCUGAUCUCUCAAACAACAGGUUUCACAGUGAAGAAUGGAAGAUUCCUUCAUUAACAUCACCUCACAGAACAGAAGCUACAAUAACAGCACCACCGUCUCUUAUGAUAAUGAACCUUUCAUGUACGUGGUGACAUGCAUUAUCAUUUGUAUCAGCCUUCCUUUGACCCUAGUGGCCAUCCAUGGAGUCUGUUCUCUGGUCAGAAACGAUCACGUGGCUCCGAUCUACAUCAUCAACCUUCUGAUUUCUGACCUCAUUCAACUCUGCUGCAUGAUCGUUGAAGUGGUACUACCUGAGGAUUCAAUCAUCACAAUGAUCUUCUUUUUUAUUUACCUCUGGGGUCUGAUGGCGAGUGUUGGCUUCAUGGUGUGUGUCGCCCUGGAAAGGUAUCUGGUCAUCACCUGGCCGCUGUGGUACCGCUUCAGACGAACCAUCAAGACCUCUGUAGUGGUCUGUGUCGUGGUCUGGACCCUUCCUCUUGUGACUUUCUUCUCUAUGGUUUUCUUGGCUGAUUUAGUCGACAUGCUAAUCCCCUUUGGAGUCUUCUUCCUCCUUCCCUUCCCUCUGUUCAUAUUCUUCCUGCAUGGGACCGUUAAAGCCCUGUCUGCAGCCAUUAGUGUCCCUGCUGAUGAAAAACGACGAAUUAUUGCAGUUUUGAUUCUGGUUCUACUUAUUUACACACUGUUGUUCUUGCCCUCCAUCAUUUUGUUACUUGUAGAAGAAGCCAGAAAUAACAUUACCCUCGAUGAUGUGUCUUUCGUGUUUGUAAAGUUGAGUCCUCUUGCAGACGUGUUCCUGUAUGUUUUCAUUAGGAAAGGAGCUGUAGACAAGCUGUUGGCCUCUCUGUGUCGUUGCAGGAUGGACAGCGAUGAUAGCAACAGAUCAACAGCAUGAAUGAUGACAACUUAUACACAGUCGCUCCAUGUAGUCAGAGAAAGAGAGAAAAACAGAAGAAGAAAUGUAGGAAAUAAAGACAAGACAGAUACUGUCGUCUUCUCACAUGAUUUCCUACAACACAUCUAACUGUAGGUUCACUUGCUGCGGUGCACUGUGAAAGCUUCAAGACAUGUACAUAAAAUGUUCUAUAAAAAGUUCAUGUAUAUCAUUAUUACACUUUAAUCACAAAAACAAACCUUAUAUUAUUUUAGGAUAAUCAGCAGCAUGAUCACUCUGCCAAUAUAACCACAUCUCUCUCAUUCUUAGAUCUUUAUUUUGUCUGUUUUCUGCAAGUUUUACUUUUUCCUGGUUAUAAAUAGUGUCUAAUCACAAUUGUAUUUUUUUUUGUGGUUUGUUGUAAAUUAAUUUUUUAAUAAAGUAAAUCCUGCUUGUUUACCUUUAUUCAGUGACAAUUUUCUGUUUACAUCACAUAUAGUAAAUUGUUUUGCAGGUCUCACAGUUUGAACUAAUAUAAACUAACUAAUGGCGUCACUACACUCAGAGCAGAGUAUGAUCACUAUCAUCUGAACUUUCUGUCAGAUGGUUGAGCACCCACUCAU